AUGACGAGGCCAUCGUUAAGUAUGGAGAUGCUAACAUUGAGAGAACUGAGAAAAUGGACUGGGAUAACACCAUUCGAGCUGUUGUUACACUUGGUUGCUAUUUUUGUGUCUACUAUACUAUUUGUGAGUUGUUUUAUUGUUUUUAGCGUUUUGAAGACUUAUCAUUUAUUGUAAUAUAUUCUUUAAUAUCUUUUACAGCUGUUAAUAUUAUUGUUCACAGCUUUUUAGUAAUGUUUAGUUUUUAGGCAGCAAAAUGGUUCGGGUUGGUAACAAUAAGCUAUUGGCACGUUUUCGGCUCAAUGUUCUUGGCCGCUGGCUUGAAUCUAUACUUUGUUUUUAUUGUAGCAUUGAGAGUAUACGUUGAGGAGAAGCAACUACGAAGGUUUUUGGCAAUGUAAGUUUGUUUUUCUCAUGUUUUCUGGUUUUAGGUAGCAAACUUGAUGUUAUGAUAGAGACAGCUCAGCUCAUAACUAAUUUAUAAAUGCCCCUGACACUCCAAAUCUUUAGGCAUUUGUUCAGCUUUCUACGAGCAUCAAUGCACGGCUUGUUUUUAAUGUUUUUGUGUCAAAAGAUUGAAGGAGACUUUGAGCAUGGUCAAGUUGCCAUUCAGACUAGUUAUGGUGUUGUUUUUAUGCCAGUUUGGAUCCUGUUGGCUGGAUUAGCUGGUCAGAUGGUUAGACUAAUAUGA